AUGUCCACUAACAUCAAACCUCAGGCGGCACCUUGGUGUACGUGGCCAGAUUACCUUACCACUUCAACAGCCCUGAAUUUCGGAAGUUUUGGAGGUUUCGUGUAUAAUCAGUGUACGCCAGACUCUAUUAAAUGGGAAUUCGCGAACGCUUCAAUACGUAACAGCGAGCCGGAGAUUUAUCAACUUUCCCCACUUAUCCAGACCUUUCCGCAUACGCGUCGAUAUAGCCCAGUAAACUUCAAUGCAAAUAUAAGAACAGCAAAAGAAUAUGCCGCACAAUCUGCACAAUUUCUGCAGAGCGUUAAUCCAGAAUUCGAUAUUCCGCAAGAAUUUAUGAAAGGAAUUUUUUAUAAAGAAGCUUACAAUGAUUAUAAAAACGAAAAAUAUGAUCCAUAUAUGAGCAGCCAACUAAUUUCAAUUGGAUAUUAUGAAAAAGACGCACAAGCGUUGAAAAAGUUUAUCGCGUUUCCAAUGGGUAUUGCAGGAACAGAUUUAAACCUUAUACCUAUAUCAGAGUCAUAUGAUGAACCAUAUGAUAAAGAGCUACGAGACUUUAUACCUACAUCUGAGUCAUAUGAUGAGUCUUAUGAUAAAGAGCUGCGAGGUUCAGAAUAUUAUAUUGGACGACAUGAACUUAACUUAUCAACUAUGACUACGUUAAAAUUUAAAACCCCAGUUAGACAAAUUGCGUCAUCUAUUUCAGAGAGUUGGGAAUUUAAAUUUCCUAACGAUGAUAAAGUUACACCUUCCUUACUAGCUGUUCGUACAGCAACUGGAACAACAUUCUUCCGUGCUAUGAAUACAGGAUCAGAUUUUUCAUCCAGCACUACUCAAGGGUCAAUUAAGCCAAUUGCGCUAGAUACGGUAUUGAACCAUAGUACUAGGACUAGUUUUGAACACACACAUGUUGCUUUUAAUCCUAGGUUAUAUGGUGAAGCUGCAAUUGUAGAUUGUGGUGGUGGUGUAUAUAUAUGGAGAGCAGAAAGACACCAAGCUCAAGCAAAGAGUAUCGACAAAUACGCAAUUGAAAUAAUUAGGAACCCUCAAGUUCAUGAAGAUGUAUCAUUAAAGGACCUAUGGAAAACAUGCGAAUAUAGCGCACACCCCCAAUGUCUUUAUGUUGCGUCGCGUGAAAGGAUUGACCUCUUUGAUUUUAGGAAUGCGUGCAGCACACAACCUCUCAAUAUGUUCAGUACUAUUGAAGGAGAUCAAAUAUAUGCGUUUCAGCAUAUGCCAUACCCUAAUUCGUUUCAAUCCAUUUUAGUAACGGACAAUAAAGUUGUACUUUUGGAUCAACGCUUUCCCAAAAGGCCACUACUCUCAUGGGUUCAUUAUAAUACUGACCUGCCCAUUGGGCUGAACACAUUAAUAGACAAACAAACAUCAACUAUCUUAACAUGGUCAAAAAAUCCACCGAAGAUAAUGGCAUUUCAGAUCCCAACCUCCAAAUCGGGACUAGUAACUGCGACUGGCUAUCCCAUUUUGGUUCCAUCAUUUCAUACACAUCCAACUUAUUGUCGUUCAAAAUAUUUAAGAAUUCCCAACCCAUCAAGACUAUAUAAAAUAGCCGAAGAAUUUAUACAACCUCAAACACUACCACCAUUAGCGAGUGUACUUUUGCUACGUAAUAAUAUUAAAGCGGCUAAACCUAGAAGUUUUGGUUCAUGUUUCAGUGUGAUCCAGUUAUCGCAAACAGGAGCCUUAUACACACAGAUUUUUUAUUCCCGGCUUCACACGUCUGUAUUUCCACAAGCAAGAAUACAUUCAACAAAAGAAGACAUGCAAAUUGUCGAAAUGCCACCGUCAGUGGCGAGUUUACAAUUUAUCGCAGACCAAGAUGUUGGAACAAAUCCUGAACUACAACUCAAAUGUCACCAAAAGUGGCCUUUUGAAAAAAUAUGGAACUAUGUCACUAGGGAUUUUAAGUUACUUCACAAUGACGAGACACCAACGGUUCUUGAAAUUGGUUCUAUGUUUUUAUCAUGGGAGCAUGUAGAAAGAUAUUUUGAAAAGUAUUGUCGGUUUUGUUAUCGCCAGAAAUCAAUAACAACGGAUACAACUGGGACGGUGUGCACAAUAAGUUACACUUGCACGGAGGGUGCGAUUUAUGAGCGUUCAAAGCGUCUUAGAAAAAUUGUACCAUGCAGAUGGAAAGUUACACUUGAUAAAGCAAAGACUGAUGCCAAUAUAUAUGUAACUAAAUUUAGUAACAAGCAUAAUCACAAAACGUCUUCUCCUAUAUUUCACUCGAAUCCGGCCAAGAAAACUGUUUUGUCUAAUGACUAUAAGUUUGAUGUUCUCCAAGUUUUUUCACCAAUGACCCAGAACGAUGAUAUUUCGGCAUGGGAGAAUUUUUUUCGCAACAAACUUGAGAUGUAUAGAGGAAUCCCUUAUACUGUAAGAAAUCCCAAAACUUUGAAAGCUAAACAAUAUAUUUUCUUGACCAUAGUAAACAGAUAUGAAAUUCUAAAAAGUAUGCCGGGUACUCGAUUAGAAAAUCGAUCCAAAAUAUCAUGUGCCCAACAAUUUGGCAAUUUACAUGUGAUGGAAAAGGAUAAUGUGGAAAUUUCGAUCGAUUGGACUAAUAUUGAUUUAAAUGCACUAUUGGAACAAUUAUCGAUUGUUUCCGACAAAUUUUGUUCGUCAUCCACAGUUCCAAAAAUAUAUGGCUUCCCUUAUUUCAUUGUCACUGAUGAUAAUCAAUAUGAAGAAGUAAAUGAUAUCAAUGCUGCUUUGCGAAAUACCUAUCCAUUACCUUUACGCAAUCAAGAUGAUGAACCUAAGGACAUUUUACAGAAGAAAAUCAUAGAUUUCUUGAAUGGGACUUAUUAUUCAGAAACUAAUGAUAAAACUCAAUGUCUUCGUGAAUUUGCAAUAGAAGAACUUAUCCGAGAUCUCACUUUCAGCUCUCACGCUUUAGUAUCGAAAUAUGAACAUAAUUCGGAAUAUUCACUAUCUUCAAAUUUUCUUCCAAUGUCAAAAGUCACACCAAUAUUUGAACCUUUUGAAACUUUUUCAAUAAAAUGUGAUAUAUCGCGUAAAGGUAAAAAUAAAUUAUCACAAGUUGAUAAAUUAUUUGAGCUUACACCUACUGUACAGGCGUUGUUCGAUGACUGGAUUAUCGGACAAGAUGUUAAGGAAUAUGAAUAUCAUUAUCGACGUGUAAAUAAUAAACUCGUUCAAGAAACUAUGACAACUUCUGGAGAAUCAGAUGGAGAUCAUUACUUAAGUAUGCAUACAUCCGAUGAUCAAAUGUCAGCAUUUGAAGCUGAUAGAAUCGAUAGUAAUGAAGAAAUUGUUACAAAACGGCUAAGGAAAAAAAGGUCGCGCAAGUCUGGAUUUUUAUGA